AUGACUACAGACUUGAAAAAGCACUUCACUUCGAAGCGGUUUGUAGAUGCACCCAUCUCACAGCUAUCCAAGGCUGGAAUCAAACAUGAGUUUCUUACAGAUGUACAAGAUGCCACACUUGAAGAUGCUUUGUCGGGCUUCGAUCUCCUCGUGCAGGCCAAAACUGGAACUGGUAAAACUACAGCGUUUCUUCUCCCUGCCAUAGAGCGGCUUGCGUCCUCCAGAUCAGCUUCCUCCGAUAUAGGCAAGAUUCUUGUUAUAGCGCCCACACGGGAGCUGGUGCUUCAAAUCGAGGAAGAGGCAAUGUCCCUUCUUGCACACCACCCAUACGGUGUGCAGUCUGUUAUCGGAGGUACAAACAUAAAUACAGAGAAAACUCGUCUUAACUCUCCCACCGCUCGCGCCGACAUCCUAAUUGCCACUCCCGGUCGGCUCCUCGACCAUCUGACUUCGGGGCUCGCCCUCCGCCCAACUGUGCUCAUUCUGGACGAGGCAGAUAGGCUUCUCGAUCAAGGAUUUCGCAAGGAUCUAGAGCGCAUUCUGGGAUUCUUGCCUGAUAGACGGGGAACAAGGCGACAAUGUAUGCUAUUUUCUGCAACUUUUGACAAUGCAAUCAAGAAGAUUGCAAAGAUUUACCUAGAUCCAGAUUAUAAAUUCAUAUCUACGCUCCACGCGGACGAGAUCAACACACACGAACAUGUUCCCCAGAGUUAUCUCAUAACGCCCCUCGAAGAUACCCUUCCGACACUUGUUUCCCUCCUCAAGCAGGCGGGUCCGCAAGCGAAAGCAAUGUUGUUUUGUACAACGGCACGUGGAACGGCCGUUGUCGCGAGUGUCUUGCAACAAGUGUCUGCUGGGCCACAAUCUAUGCUUCCCCCAAUCUACCAGAUCCAAAGCCGUAUGUCACAGGCUGCGCGUACACGCGCCGCACAGGAGUUCCGCGAUGCCCCGGAGGGUGCGAUUUUGGUUACCAGCGAUGUGACUGCAAGAGGGAUGGAUUUUCCAAGCGUAACACACAUCAUCCAGUUUUCCCUCCCUAGCUCGCCCGCACAAUACAUUCAUCGCCUCGGCCGAACCGCGCGCGCAGGGGCUGCCGGUGAAGGCAUAUUAAUCCUCAUGCCGGAUGAACAGUUCUUUUUACGGCUGCCAGAGAUCGCCUCACUUCCGUUAAAGCCCUACACACAGCUUGAACAUACCGGUAAUUUGAAGUUCAAGUUGGAUGACCGCUCCAUCGGCCAAGCAUAUUCCGCUUGGCUUGGGUUCUACAAGUCCUGGCUAAAGCAGCUGCGAUGGUCACCUACGAAGUUGGUGGAACAGGGCGCGGUAUGGGCGCAGUGCUUAGGGUGGCCGAGUGUGGCGGAAGUCGGCAGUGGACCUAGUACUUCUAGUGGUGCUUCAGCGCAAAGAGGCGCAAGGGGUGGAAAUGCAGUGGCAACAUGGAUCCCGCCACCUAUCGCGAAGCGCACAGUAGGAAUGAUGGGUCUGCGUGGAACGCCGGGGCUGAAUGUGGUAGAUCACCUGGACGACGCGGGCGAUGGCCCAGCUCGGAAUGCGGGAGGAGGGAGACGUGGAGGGGGAAGUGGACGCGGACGCGGGAAGCCGCUUCCAAACGCAGCAAAACCGCACAUAGAAGGAGGGAGCGAUAAUACGACUGCGCGCACACAAAGGAUCAGAAGGGGCAAGGCGAAGGCCGGACAAUGA